GUUAUUGCAGAGGUCACCGAGGGGACUGGUGGAGGCUCCCAACUCUGGCAUUGGGAAAUAUGACAGCAGAAGUGAAUGCUUGUUAACAUAAGGGAUUGACUGAAGAAGAAAGAMAAAAUGCCUUUCAAAGGGCUCAGYUCACUGAAAGAAAAAUUUUUUAACCCAGGAAAGGAAGAGGUGAAGAACACCAUUAGUGACACGCUGGGGAAUCUGAGAAGGAAGAUUGAUGGCACCAACGUGGAGGAGGAUGCCAUGGAGCUGACAGCAGAGGGGCAGCCUGUGCUGGCGAGCAGCCGCCGGCCAGCAAUGUGUGAGUGCUACUGCUGUGGCCUGCCCAAGCGCUACAUCAUCGCCAUCAUGAGCGGCCUGGGCUUCUGCAUCUCCUUUGGCAUCAGGUGCAACCUGGGCGUUGCCAUUGUGGAAAUGGUCAACAAUAACACUGUCUAUAUUGAUGGGAAGCCAGAGCUGCAGWCAGCCCAAUUCAACUGGGAUCCAGAGACAGUGGGACUCAUUCAUGGCUCUUUUUUCUGGGGUUACAUUGUGACACAAAUUCCAGGAGGGUUCAUCGCAAACAAAUUGGCUGCUAACAGGGUAUUUGGGGCAGCUAUCUUUCUAACAUCUACACUGAACAUGAUCAUACCUUCUGCAGCAAGAGUGCAUUAUGGCUGUGUGAUGUUUGUUAGGAUUCUUCAAGGUCUGGUGGAGGGCGUCACCUAUCCAGCCUGCCAUGGGAUGUGGAGUAAGUGGGCUCCGCCGCUGGAGAGAAGCAGGUUGGCUACCACAUCAUUCUGUGGGUCUUACGCAGGUGCGGUGGUCGCCAUGCCCCUGGCAGGUGUGCUGGUACAGUAUAUAGGAUGGUCAUCUGUCUUUUAUAUUUAUGGAAUGUUUGGGAUUGUUUGGUACGUGUUCUGGCUGCUUCAUGCCUAUGAGAGCCCUGCURCUCAUCCAACAAUAACCAGUGAAGAAAGGAUAUAUAUAGAAACAAGUAUAGGAGAAGGAGCCAGCCUACAUAAUGCAAGUAAAUUUAGCACUCCUUGGAAGAGAUUUUUCACUUCAAUGCCAGUUUAUGCAAUCAUUGUGGCAAACUUCUGCAGAAGCUGGACCUUCUAUUUGCUCCUUAUAAGUCAGCCUGCUUACUUCGAAGAAGUCUUUGGAUUUGCAAUAAGCAAGGUUGGCCUUUUGUCAGCAGUUCCUCAYAUGGUCAUGACAAUCAUUGUGCCCAUUGGAGGGCAAUUAGCUGACUUCUUACGGAGCAGGAAGAUCUUAACYACUACCACCGUAAGGAAGGUCAUGAACUGUGGAGGAUUCAAUGUGAAUCACUUGGACAUAGCCCCACGUUAUGCCAGCAUUCUGAUGGGGAUCUCCAAUGGCGUUGGGACUCUGUCGGGAAUGGUGUGCCCACUCAUUGUCGGUGCGAUGACAAAACAUAAGACCCGUGAAGAGUGGCAGAACGUCUUUCUGAUCGCAGCCCUGGUGCAUUACAGUGGCGUGAUAUUCUACGCUAUCUUUGCUUCUGGGGAGAAGCAGGAAUGGGCUGACCCUGAAAACCUCAAUGAAGAGAAAUGUGGCAUAAUUGAUCAGGAUGAACUGGCUGAAGAAACAGAGAUGAACAAUGAAACUUUUGUAAGUCCAAAGAAAACGUAUGGUGCUACCAGUCAAAAUAUUGAAGUACAGAGAAGGGAAUGGAGGAAGCAACAGCAAGUAACAGAAGAUAUGGAGGAACAGACUUCUUAUCAUUACGAAAAUGGAAAUUUUCAGGAUUCAUCUUAAUACUUGAAACUGUAAGAUUUGUAUAGCAGCUACUCCCAUGACUUCUUCUGCCUAGCUGCCCUGAAUCAUCAGGUAUCCAUAUUCAUUUUCUUAUUCAAUUAUGUAAYAUCUGGCCACAUGGCUAGAUUUGAGGGGCGAUAGUUCCCUCCUAAUGGUGUGUAAGAGGGCUAACGACAAUGGGACCGUGAUAAGUGUUCCUAAAUCCUUUCCCAGCCAUUGUAUGACCUUAGGAGAGCUUCUGUGCCAGUUAGAUGACCUGCCCUGGCAGAGUUCCUGCUUGAUGCAAGCUGUAGAACUGACUUAGGAACAAGGAGUUCUCUCAUUGAACAGAGAAAGGACAAGUGGUAUCAGAUGGUGGAUCCACAAUGAUCUGUGUAAUCCCUGGGUUUCCAGUGGUGUGAUAGUCUGCACUGAGUGCCCAUGCUUUGCCUUUCUAGGAUUCCUGUAGGGUGGCAUUUGAACUGCUUAAUCCAUGUCAAACCAAAAGCUCAUGUUAAAAGAUCAGAGMACAGGGAAAAGCAAUUUGUGACAAUAGGCUGUAAUUAAUUACUAAUGGUCACUCAUCAAGGGGAAGUGGAACAAGUAGCAGAGGUGGCACAGGAUUGCUUCAACAGUUCCUACAAAUUGAUUGACAGAUAUCUUUAUAUGCACAGCCUACAGAGUAUGGAUAAGACAAUAAAAUGGAUACUUGUAACAUUUCUCCCCCUUGAAAGAUUUUGUGCUGGCAUGAAAUAAUUUUGAAURCAAAAUCAUCGUUAGUGAUGCAAUAUUAUUAAUCCUUAAGACAGGAAAUCYUAGCCUGUUUGAUUAGCAUUCUCACUCAAUUCAUUAUUGUGAAGUAAUUUAAAUAUAUUUUUCUAGUAUUAUACUGWUAGAGUUCCUGGUCUCAAUAUUAACAGUCCUCAUUUAGGUGAAUGAGCUUACAGGAGUAAAAUUCUGGAUCUGGAACUUUUCACUGCCUCAAUCUUGGUCUCGCUAUGAAUGAAGCACUGUACCAUUUGACAGUUAACAGGCUACUUAUGUAUAAAAGUAAUUAAUUUUUGCCAUUGGUAUAUGUUUGACAGUACAAAGUGGCUUUAGCCUUUUUCUACCAUUUUUCGAAUCAGCCAGUGGAGCAUGCUGUAUCAUCUCAAACAGGUAACUUCAACUCAGAGACUCAUUGUGGCACUACUUCUUUCAGAAUGGAUAACUUCAGUAAACUGUGAUUUAAUUUGUCACCCAUUAUGACUACUGYCCCAUUAAAUUCAAGUGUAAGCUAUCUUGUCUAGCCUAUGCUGUGCUUUGUAAUGUUUCAGUAUCAUUGUUCUCAUGUACCAUAUGCAGCCACUGUGAUGCACAGAAGAUUCAAACAUUUCUCAGAUGCGUUUUGUUAUUUUAUUGAAGUGCAAUUGAAUAGUAUGAGUGAAAUUGCAUUUAUACAUUCCUUUGAAUACAUGGAUGAUUUAUCUUCCCUACAAACAGGGAUAUUGGGAAGUGASCUAAUUCUCUGUUCACAUCUCUUGUUUCUCUUUUACUGAGCAAAAUCCAAAUGCAUCAAAAUCCAAAGUGUAUGAAUAAGAAGGAAAGUAAUUUGAAUGGAUACAUGACUCAUUUGACUACAGUGAAGACUUUUUAAUGGGUAAAAGCAGAUAAUUUAAUGAAAGAGGUAGUACA